AUGAAAACUGUUAAAAUCGAUUGUAGUGGAAAUUUAAAAUAUGUUUAUGAAAACUACACUUGUCGUCUUAAGGCUAUAAAUCGUUAUAAAACUGUUGGAAUGAUGGAGGUACAACCGCGUAAUCCCUUGCGCAAUAUAUCAUUUAAUUUAGCUUUAUAUGUCCGCAAUGAUGCCAAUAUCUUCAAACCUUUUCUUGUUAAUAUAACGGAGAAUUUAUGCAAAUGGUAUGCACGAAGAGCACCCGGAGCUUAUGUCGCUAUACUAAUGAAAGUUUUACAAAAUUUACAAAUAUUAAUCAUUCUUGCCCCUAUACGGGUCCUAUAAUAGCGAGAAAUUUAUACCUAGAUAUGAGUAUUGUACCGGUUCAGUUGCCAAAGAACUCAUAUAAAAUU